UCAAAAGCAGCAUAUGAAGCACAGCAUAAUACUUGAUUCAUUAAUUGGAGACUUUUAGAGAAAAUUUAUUUUUACAUCAUUUACAGUCUUUACGGCGUUUUCUUUAAAAAUGAGCCACCGAGAAUAUAAAGUUCUUUUAGAGAAGAUUUUAAGCAAGAAAACUAUAUUAACAGGCCUAAUAAGAUAUUAUAAUGUACAGUUGUCUUAAUUUCAUGAAUGUGGUUUAUACGGUAUACAUAAGAUGUUGUUGUAUGAUGUUGUAUGUUGUUGUGUUUUCUUGCAUACGAUGUACAUACGGUGGUUAUAUGAUCGUAAAUGUAGUACAUACCAUGUGCAUACGUUUUGGGAAGUAAUCUCUGAUGAGCAUGGUAUUGAUUCCACUGGUAGUUACAACGGUGACUCAGAUUUGCAACUUCAAAGAGUUAAUGUAUACUACGCAGAAUCAAUAGGUGGUAAAUAUGUUCCAAGAGCUAUUCUUGUUGACUUGGAACCUGGAACUAUGGAUUCAAUGAAGUCUGGACCAUUUGGAGCAAUUUUUAGACCCGAUAAUUUUGUAUUUGCACAGAGUGGUGCUGGUAAUAACUGGGCCAAAGGACAUUACACUGAAGGUGCAGAACUUGUAGAUUCCGUUUUAGACGUUGUUAGAAAAGAAGCUGAAGGUUGUGAUUGUUUGCAAGGAUUUCAACUUACACACUCCCUUGGAGGUGGUACAGGAUCUGGUAUGGGAACACUUCUAAUUUCUAAAAUUUGUGAGGAAUAUAAUGAUCGAAUAACGAACACGUUUAGUGUUAUUCCUUCACCCAAAGUGUCAGACACCGUUGUUGAACCAUAUAAUGCAAUUUUAUCAAUUCACAAGUUGGUUGAAAAUACAGACGAAACUUUUUGCAUUGAUAAUGAAGCUCUUUAUAAUAUAUGCUUUCAAACACUUAAGCUGACCACACCUACAUAUAGUGACUUGAAUUAUCUUGUGUCUGCAACUAUGAGUGGUGUAACCACAUGUCUAAGAUUCCCUGGUCAGCUAAAUGCUGAUCUUCGAAAACUUGCAGUAAACAUGGUGCCAUUUCCACGUCUUCACUUUUUUUUGUCUGGUUUUGCACCAAUCACGAGUCGUAGCUGCCAGCAUUAUUGCGCUUUAACUGUUCCCGAGCUUACACAACAAUUGUUUGAUGCUAAGAAUAUGAUGGCUGCAUGUGAUCCACGUCUUGGUCGAUAUUUAGCAGUAGCAGCAAUAUUUCGUGGCCGUAUUUCAAUGAAAGAAGUAGAUGAGCAAAUGCUUAAUGUUCAAAGCAAAAACAGUUCGUACUUUGUUGAUUGGAUUCCAAAUAACGUUAAAACAGCAGUUUGUAAUAUUGCUCCGCGUGGUUUCAAAAUGUCUGCAACAUUCAUAGGAAAUAGUACUGCUAUUCAAGAAAUUUUUAAACGUAUAAGUGAGCAGUUUACAUCUAUGUUACGACGAAAAGCUUUUAUUCAUUGGUACACUGGUGAAGGUAUGGAUGAAAUGGAGUUUUUUGAAGCUGAAUCAAACAUGAAUGAUUUGCUUUGUGAAUAUCAACAGUGUCAAGACACUACUGCUAAUGAAGAAGAAGAAACAGAUGAUGAUGAAUAAAAGCAAUAAAAUGAAGAAUAAAGAAUAUGAGUGAGUUUAGGAUGGUUACAAUUUUGAUCUUUUAACAGGCACAAUAAGUACAAGAAUAUUCAGUAAUAUACAAUAAGAAUAGUUAAAGUUAUAUAAAAAAUAUAGACAAUGAAUAUAUUCAAAAACAGUUUGUUCGUAUAUCCAUGUCGGUACUGGUUAUUUUGAAAAAAAUUGACUGAAGUUAUUUAUCAAUUAUGAAAUAUUUAAAAAUUUAAAUAGAUUACAAAUUUAAUUUUACUUAACACAUCAAUGUGUAUCGAGUAAAAUUGCAAAGAAUGCUGGACGCUCUUGCUAGCGUAAAUAAAGUUUAACUCAAGGGACCAAUUGGUAAAAUUUCAAGCAAUUACUUAGAAUAAUUACACAAAUUACAAUUACUGAGGUAAUUAAACGAUUAUUGCUCUACACUAUGAUUACUUUAUUUUUCUUGAUGUAAAUAGCAAUAACUUAAAUAUCCUAGAAAAACUACAAAAGAAAGCCGUCAAAAUUAUACUUAAGGGUAACUGGCCAACUCACAGGUUCGGUAAUAUUACUUGAAUGUAUCAGUAUAAAAAAAAAGAAACAAUUUCUAAAGCAUUAUGUUUUAUCUAUAAUAUAACAUCAGCUGGAAAUAAAUAAGACGUUCUAUGUAAAGAAUGAUAAAGCCAAACAACACUGGAAAAGCUAGUUACUUUCACAGAAGUCAUCGAUCGAAUAAAGCAGAAGUUUUAAUUUGUUUAUGGUUUAAAACUACUUUAGUGAACUAGAAUCUAAAACUUCUUUACAUAUUAAAGGAAAAUUAACAAUUAAAAAAAUAAAUUUAGUUCUACUA